AUGAGACGCAACCAGGAAGCUGGUAGCAGUCAAUUUGUAAACACAAACUAUUACUGUAAUUAAAGAAUAUUCAUGAUAGAAGAAAAGCUCGGAGGCAGUAUGCUAUAUCUGCUCAGUAUGUAGGUUUGUUUUCUUGUCUCACCGCCGGUGUCUUUCAAUGGUUUUCCAGUUAUCGACAUGUGAGUAAAGUUCAUCUGCAUUGCUAACGACAUGGAGAUGAAAGAAGUAGAGAGUUGUUGCUGUGUAGUCACGGUGUCAGAGGCUUUUUCUGCCAAGAGUCCCGUGAGCUGCAGCGGAGUUAUCGUCCACCGCGGUACUGGAACGGUAUUAUGCACCGGCCUCCCGUUUUCCCGUUUUAUCACCGACAAAGAGCCGCUUUCCGCACACCGAGGCUUCCUCUCGCCUCAUAGCUUCAGCGAGAAACUUAAAAUCCGCGUCAGCUUCUCCACUCAGCCACAUCUGGAGACAAACCAGUGCGCACAGGGAGAAGCAUUCACACCCCCGAGAAGCAAAACAACGCAUCAACACGAAGUUGUGGCUGAGCUGCUCAUGCUGGUGAACUGCCUGGAGUUCAAACAGGCUUUCAGGGCAGUUUUCCAGGAGGCUGACCAGUGGCGUUUCCAUGGUGAUGAGGAGGACGAGCAGCUGAUCAAAGAUGCUCAGUUCCUCAGCUGGUUUGCUCUGCUCAAGACAGAUGAAGGGGCACACAGCAGCCCACAUGCAGGCACCAUACCCUGGCAGAGCAGCUCAUCUCUUCAGAAAGGCUGCCCGGUUGUUGCAUGUGGUUCGCCUUUUGGCUCCCUCUGCUUGGACCUCUUCAUCAGCACCCUCAGCAGAGGUAUCAUCAGUAACCUCGCAGGAGAGGACAAUGCUGUCAUCCUCACAGAUUCCCGCUGCUUGCCAGGCACAGAGGGCGGGGGUGUGUUUGUGAUGAAAGGCGCAGGCUGCUUCCACCUCAUUGGGCUGAUUGUGUCUCCGUUUGGCUGGAAGGCGACUGAGUGGAUUGGCCUCACUCUAGUCUGCUCUGUCCAGUUGAUCUUCAGGAACAUCAUCCGCUGCAUGAGCAUCCAAGAUCCGCUCCGAGGUGUUUGGCUCCAUCCAGGAGAGGCAGGCCUCCAGAUGUCCACCACAGCCCAAGAGUCAAAAGCUGUUGAAUACCCCACAGUGUGCUUCGUGGACAGUGGGCAGUUUUGGGGCUCAGGGGUUGUUGUCACCUCUCACCUGGUUCUAACCUGCCGGCACGUUGUCAACGGAAAGUCGACAGUCACCCUAAAGUUCCAUCACAGCGAAAGAUUCCAUGAUAUUGUAGGUGAUGUGCUGUUUUCUACUCAAGUGUCUUCACCCUAUGAUGUGGCUGUGGUGCAGCUGAGAGACUCAGCCCCAGAGGUUGUGGUCCCUAAACUGGCUCAGAGUUUCAAUCCAGGUGAAUCUGUAUUAGUGGUGGGCUAUGGUGGGUUGGGUCAGAGAUGUGGUCCCUCCCUGACCUGCGGCAUCCUCUCCAAAGCUAUCAACCUGAAUUACCAGCCUGUCAUGCUUCAGACCACUUGUGCAGUACAAGCAGGGGCCAGCGGAGGUGCUGUGGUGCGGACACACUCUGGAGAACUGCUGGGAAUUGUGUCCAGCAACACAAGAGACUUGGCUGCCAAAGUGACCUACCCGCACCUCAACUUCAGCAUCCCAGUUACUGUAUUCCAGAGAUUGCUGCAGCGAUUUAACCAGACAAGAGAUGUUAAUGUGUUCAGGGUGUUGGACACCACAGCGGAAGAUGUCAGAAGGGUUUGGAGGCUACAAAAUGCUCAAAGUAAACUAUAACUGAGGAUCUGUGCACCUUGAAAAGGUUGAAUGAUUAAAUAAAUAUAGAUUAUAUGCAAAAUCACAUUAGAUAAUUAAAAUGAUCACAAAACUAGUAUUUUCAGAUAAAAAACUUAACAUAUUUCAUACCUCAGUUUGUUACAAACAGGCACAGAAUCACAGAUCUGAAGGAGUUAAUGCAGCAAAAGAAUCAUCAUGUAUUUGUAAUGUUAAUACACUCACCCAGAAUUAUGCAGUAAACUAUUACUACUAUAGUGACAUAUUUAAAAGACCACUUCAUAGUCAAGUUAAAGCUACUUUAAUACUGGUAAUGAUUGUUUUGUUUUACUGUAAUGUACAAUAAGGUAAUUCAAUUAAUAAAAUUGUUUAUUUUUGUGAUA